UUACAUCCUCAGACCCCAUUUUCACAGAGCUUGCCUAACACUCCUCGACUCCUGCAAUCUCCGAUGCUAGGGAACGGUCAACGUUCAAAUGCUGCAAUAUCAUCAAACGGACAAAGUAUGGCAACAGAUUUGAUGCACAUAAAUUCUCUGAUACUUGAACGAUUUCCACAGCAGGACAUUAAAAAGAGUUUAGAGUCGUGCAAUGAAGUGUUCAAUUCAUAUUCAACCGAUUUGGAAGCAAAUCGAUUCUCAUUAACCUCUUUAGAUUUGAACGAUGUGCUAAAGGAUUCUUGUGUUGAAAAGGUGGCUAGAGGUGAUAUUUCUUGUGUGAGUCGUGAUGCCCUCAUGAGACAUGGUUCUCCAUUUAUGGAAACAUGUAUAAGACAAGCCAAGAUAACUCAAGCUCAUGAUAAUGCAGAGAAAGUUUACAAGAAAUGGGCAAAGAGGUAUCAAGAAAACAAAGAUCAUACAGACGCGAACGAGGUAAUAGCAAAAUCGGAUCUAGCGAUAAUAUUCCGUACCUCUCGACUUUUACAUUUCUGUAGAACGCCGUUGUUAUUUGGAGAAAAGGUUGAAUCUUCGGUAAUUUUACCUGAACAACAGGAUAAAGUUAUGAUAUUCAAGUGGUAUGAGGAUAUGGUUGAAAACUUUUUGCAAAAAUAUUCGACUUAUUUGGAAAGGAUCGGGAUGCAAGUAGUCAUGGGCGGAAAGUCCGGUCUGAGCUUGGUAGACGAUGGUGACAAAGCGUUCUCGAAUUAUACGUCUAAAUUUCCUGCUUCGGAUAAUGUUCUUGCUGAUUAUUCCUCGGUGUUUUUAUUGAAAGCACUUCAGGGUGGCUCCAUAAUGUGUGAGAUUCGAAUUCAAGGAGUUUUCGUAUGCGUGACUUUGUAUACGUUAAAUCGACGAUAUGGUCAUAGACGUUUGGCAGCUCCCGAAUUUGUAGCCGCCGAUACUGAUAGACAAAGCAUAAGAGUAUUUACCGAAGAAUGUGGCAAAUUCAAGAAAACGAUUCACGUUAAUUCUUUUGUUUACGAUUUCCAUUUACAAUACAUCAACCAUGUCUUGGAAGGUCAACUACGACGCCCACCUCCUUUUAAUGUAAUAGAAGUGCUUAGAUCUUUCAUUCGUCGACAUUCUCGGCCUGCGCACUAUGCAUUUCAUCGUAUUUACCACGGUAUUGUUAGCAAAGAGUUACCAUCCAUACCGAUUGAUUUAUUUGAAUACAUUGUAAAAAAUCCCCAAAGGUAUGGAUUUUGUCCGAUCUCGUACGAAGGUAAACCAAUCGCUUGUUUUGCCACUUUAAGUGAAGCGAAUGAAACUUUCUCCUCGACCGAGACCGAUUCCGAGCAGCCGAAUAAAAUAUCAUGUGAUAACGAAGCAUCCCAUA